AUGACAUCUUCAUCACCCUCAGAUACGGGUUACAAACUGCCAGGAAGAACCUACUGGAUAAAGAGAGUAAUAUUUUAUAUCGUGCUCAAGAAGAGGAAAAGGCAGCAGGAUCGAUCAGAGAACAAGGAUUCACCAGGAGUAUCUUCAAAUAGAGGAUAUGGAUUGGGUGUCACCGACCCUGAUGUUUUAGAACCCCCACAGCAACUCAAAAACCAUCCCUUUGCUAUUGAUGGUAAAUUCUUUGCUGGCUAUGGAGCAGACGACACUCGGGUUGUGUUCCGACUGGCCCGACGUCCAGACCGACGUGCGGAGAUAUGGAUGUAUCUCGACCUGCCGGGGAUCGGUCCCCUCCAGCAUCCUGUUCACCCCGACACCGACCUGUGUAAUGUUGAUGGUGAGAAGUUCAGUGCCGGCGGGUUGACCUUUGAAAUGCUGCAGCCCAUGCUUCGUUGGAAAGUGUCGUACAGCGGACAGCUAAGGGUUGGUUUAUGUAAUGACAUUAAGAACAAGCCAGACAAGUUUGUUCACGUCAGUUUGUCCUUGAUCUGGACGGCCUUCUCGGGACCUUUCAACUUUGACACGGACGUACAUCCUGCUGCGCUAUCAGACGCCAUUGCCAGAGAAGACUGGAACAAAGAAUAUUUUCAUAAGCUUAAAAGCCUGCAUCAGACACAUUAUGAGCAGUGGGGAGAACUGAGAGGAACUAUUUCAGUGGAAGGAUAUGAGGACAGACCUAUUUACAUAAAAACUGUCACAGAUCACAGCUUUGGUACUCGUGAUUGGAGAGCAUUCCGCAGAUAUAUUGUACAUUUCAUAUAUGUGGAGUCUGGACUUGUUGCACAAAUUGCAGUUGUGAGCCACGAAACCAUGUCACAUCUGAAAGUGGGCUAUCUGUUCUACCCUAAUGGUGACCUUGUCUCGGUGUCCAACGUCAGCUUGAACAUGUGGGAAGUUGGAGAAGACGGGCAACCUCCAAAAGAUUACACUUUCUCUUUCGUGGCUGGUGGCAAAGAGUUCAGUGUGCAUGUCCAAGGGGGAGUAACUCCAGUCUGGUACCAUCAGGAAGACAGAGGUGGCAAAGUGAUGCAAAUGUUUUGCAAGUUUACGAUCAAUGGCAAGGCAGGUCGAGGUUCUACGGAAUUUUUCUACAGAAAUGAUGCUGGACCAGCAAGGCAAGUUGAAGCAUCGAUUCCCCUCCUGUCAGAAGCAUGUGUGGAGGACAUCGGUGAUUAUAAAGAUUGCCUUGUCUUGGACUUCUCUGAUGUUGCCUGUUCCGUGUCGGCCAUUGUCGGAGGGAAAGGAUCACAGCUACCUCUGCUGACUCAAGUAGAGAAACAGGUUGAUAUGAAAGUACCAGAAGGCAUCUGUUUGACACUGAAAGCAUUUCAAGCACAACUAGAGGUACGCACCAAGUCCUGGGUACUUAGAAAAAUAUCUUUAGCAGGAACAUUGCAGGAACUACAGACAGCAUGUUCUAACACUGUGACACUGCUGAAGACCACCUCAGUACACAGCGAGCUGCAAACAGCCAUCAUGGAGGGCCUGGUGUCUGUGUUUGAUGGGAAAGUCGCCGAGAAAAGAUUUGCUGUGCGAUCCUCGGCAGCAGGUGAAGAUGGAUCUGAUGUGUCGUCUGCGGGUCAAAUGGAAACGUUUCUUGGAGUUCUCGGAUCCAUUCAGUUGCUUGCUGAUGCAGUGAGAAAGUGUUGGGCCUCUGCAUUCACCUUCCAAGCAGUGGAGUAUAGAAGACAGCAUGGACAGCCACUGGAUGCACCUGUUGGUGUUGUUAUCCAGGAAAUGAUUCCAUCUGACGUGUCAGGCGUUCUAUUCACACACGAGCCGAUGACAGGAAAUCCUUGUCAGAUGGUGAUCAAUGCAAGCUAUGGACUCUGUGAGUCAAUAGUGUCCGGGAAAACGAACCCUGAUAUUUUCCUCAUACACAGAACUUGGGAUGACCAGUUGGAAAUUGUUGAAAAGAAAUUAGGAGACAAACAGAUGGUAAUCAAAAUGGCUGAUUCUGGUGGAGUGGAGGAGCUAACCACAGAUUCGUCAAAAGCCGCGGAAAGUUGUCUGACAGACAAAGAGAUUUUGCGUCUUUCUCGGAUUGGUGUAAAGUUGGAGAAGUAUUUCGGUAGUGGUCGGGACAUUGAGUGGGCCAUUACAAACAACAUUGUCUAUUUAUUGCAGUGUCGUCCAAUCACAGCACAAGAGCAUGAAUCCGAUGAAGACCUGAUACAUGAGUUUGACAGUGCCAUGGCAUCUGACCGAGACUGGUUAACAACAGGCAAUAUUGGUGAGAUGAUGCCAAAGGCCGUCACUCCCCUCACAUGGAGUGUGUUUGUGUCAAGUGUGGAAAUGUCUUUACAGGAGUUGUUUUUUGAACUGAAGAUGAGAAGGAGCAUUUGCUGCGUUCCUACAUCGAAACAUACCGGCUUUUGUUGCAACCACGUCUUCCUUAGUAUAAUGAUGGGUGCUGCUGGUUCCCUGACCACCGCUGGUUCCAAUAAGUCUGUCGUAGAGCUGAACAUUUUAGGCCAGAAGCUCCCUGAAUUAACCAUGGAUCAAAUUCUGGAAUAUUACGGAGAAAAGUUAUCGGCAGUCAAAAAACUGAUCAAUCUGUUUUACAUGUUAAAGGGUUUGUCCGAUAGCCAUAAGAAAAUGCGAACCUGGUAUGAAAAGAUCCAGUCGUACAUAGUAGGAGAGGGACGUACUUCAGCUGAGAGCUUAUACCGGGAGAUUUGCCUGAAACUGCAUGACCUCACUAAGGUAACAACCUGUUCAUUGUUCUCCAGCACUAGGUCUGGUUGCUGGCCGAUGAUUUUGAUGUCGAUUUUGUCUCAAGGAAAGGAAGAUUGGACCAUGGAGAUGUAUGGAGACGUUGCCCUGCUACUCUCUAAGUGUCCCAACGUUUACAGUGCUGAUGUACCCAAUGCCAUUCCAGAAAUUGUUAAUGAAGGACUUGAAAAUACUUUUCUGAACUUGUCAGAUUCGGAAUGUGCUGAUCUGCUGAUAUCGGAUAAAAAUAAAUCUCUCCAGAAGAAGACAACCUCCUUCUUCGAGAAGCAUGGACACAGGUGCAUCAGAGAGAUGGAAAUGCGAGAAGAAUCGUGGGAAACAAAUCCUGCCAAACUGAUGAGUGUUCUUAAGGCAAUAAUCAAAUCAAAGUCGUACUGUGUGAAACAAAAGGAAGUACUGACUGUUCAAGAAGUGAUUUCGCAGAUGCAGGUUCCCAUAACGACCACUGGGAAAUGGAUUCUCAAGUUUGUGCUACCAAGGGCCAGAGCUGCAGUUGGAGAAAGAGAAUAUGCAAAGUCUCUGCUGGUGAAAAUGAAUGACCACAUGAAAAAAGCGUAUCGUCGACUGGCUAAUCUCAUGGUGCAAGAGGGAAGACUGCCAGAUGCAGACCUGAUUCAUUUCAUGACGCACUAUGAAAUUGGACGACUCUUACAAACAAGAUCACCCAAGAUUAUUAUGAGAGCUUCAAAAAGAAGAAAAAUCUACCCGCAGCAGAUGUUGAAGACAUUCACAAAAACCUUUCAAGGUCAUCCACAACCAUUGCCAGAGCUGAAGGAUGAUCAAAUCUUCGAGACUGUCGCUCAGUUGAAAGGUCUUCCUAUAAGUAUUGGGAAAGUGAGAGGAACAGCCAGGGUCGUUCUAAGCCUUGACGAUGCAGAAAAUAUCCAGGCUGGCGAUAUCCUGGUUGUCAUGGUCACCGAUGUUGGCUGGACUCCAUACUUUCCUCUCAUUGGAGGACUCAUCACAGAAAUGGGAGGAACAAUAUCACAUGGCGCUGUGGUUGCAAGGGAGUAUGGGAUACCAUGUGUUGUGAAUGUUGCCAUGGCUACCAGACACAUCAAAUCUGGUGAGCUGCUGCUACUGGAUGGAAGAAAAGGAACCAUAAACAAAUUAUCCCAGACCAAUCAAAACACUGAAUCCAACUGAGGGAUUACCCUCCAUUUUGUAUCACCCCACGACCAACCAUUUUAAUAGUGAUAAAGUCACAAGUUGUCUUAGUCCAAGUUUAAAAACUUGCCUUCAAUUUAUGCAAGUGGCUAGAGAAGGCUUGAAAAGCUUUCAUAAAAAAAAUGUGAAGAAAAAAGAAAAAGAAAAAAAAAAUGUCAUGGGAAGUAACUCUUUGGACGAACUAUAGUUGUGCUGCAUUGCUUGGCACAAAUGAAAGUGAGUUAUGUGUGAGAAUGUACAAUGCAUAUUCACACAGUGUUACCAGCAGCCAAAGAAACAGUGCAUUGAGCAGUUUACAUUACUCCGAGAAAUCCGUUAGUUUAGAUUACUCCGAGAAAUCCGUUAGUUUACAUUACUCCGAGAAAUCCGUUAGUUUACUUUAGCACGUUUGUUAUUUACAGAUAUAUUUUUGUCAUUGUUUAAUUUUUAGCAUUUACCAUUGGUUUACUGUGAAUAAUCAGAUAGACUUUUAUCAUCAUUUAAGGACUUCAAAUAUUAUGUAAUGCUAUAUUUAUAAAAAUUAAGACACCCUUGUUCCCCCUGUAACGCUCUGUAGUGCUAAACCAUAACCCUCCCCCAAAUAUUGUCAUGCUUUUAGACACACUCCCAUUCACAAACAUGUUAUGCUAUGGGUGUAAUAUAAUUUUAACAGAAUUUAUGAAAAAAAACCUACAUAAAAAAACCCCACAUUUUAGUAAUAAAAAAACAAGUAUAUUUCGUAACACUAUUAAGUACACCCAUACCCUCCCUGUAAUGCUACAUAAGGUUUGGACCUACACUCACCCACCCCAGGCACCGAUUCAGAAUUUUUUGCUGUGUGUGUGUGUGUGUGGUUCAUAUGCAUCUAAUUAAAUGUGCCUACCGGUAUUCAUUCAUUAAAAUAAGUAAAAAAAAAUUAUUGUCCUGAGCAGGGAGGGGGUCCCAACCCCCUCAACCUCUGGAUCUGCACCUGCAUCUCUUUGUGCAUUACGUAAUAUUUGAAUGGCCCUAACAUUUAACAUUUACCAUUUGUUUACUGUAAAUAAUGAGGGCUACCAUUUAGAAAUAUGCUUACUCAGAACAGAAUUUACCUUUAGACAAAAUUUACUUUUACUAAUAAUACUAAUCAUAUUUUAAAAUACUACGUUUGGGUGAAAAAGGAAUCGAUGAAUUGGCAUAUAACUCUAUAAUCAAUAAUGUUAAAUUUUAUAGUAGAAUGUAUUACUGAG